CUCUCCCUUCCUUCUCUCUCUCCCCCCUCUCCCCCCCUCAUUUCCUUCCUCCCCCCAGCUCAGCUGCAGGACUCUCUGGCCCGCACUUCGGCACUGCCUGCGCCACAACCUCCGCACCCUGCGGCUCCGUGGCGCUCUGCGUUCCGCCACCAGACGCCGCCUGCUGUCCCCAGCUCUGCUCUCCGCCCUGACCGCGCGCUGCCCUCGCCUCCAACUCCUCUCCCUCACCGAAGCCGACCUCCGUACGCUGCCUUACGACAGCCUCCCCCCUUCCCUCAUCGCUCUGGAGCUGCGUUGCUGCGAAAUCCCCUCGCCGUGGUUCUGUGGAUCCGCCGCCCCGCGCCUGCAGCGCCUCGAGCUCCACAACGUCCCCGCUUUCUCCGACCUCCACCUCCUCAACGUCUCCUCCCACGGCCGCCUGAGGGCGCUGAGCCUUUCGGGGACGUACCGCCUGACGGACGCGGGGUUGGAGAGGGCAGCUCCACACCUGGAGGAGUUGGAACGCCUGGAGCUGCGCCACUGCGUCCUGAGCGACUCGGCCCUUCGCUUCAUCGCCCGCCACGCGAAACGGCUCCGCGUCCUGGGCAUCGCCUCCAUUCCCCACCUGACGGAUUCGGGGUUGGCUUCCAUAGCGACCCUGGAGCUCCUGGAGACGCUUCGCCUCAAUCUGGACAACAAAUUGUCCCUCGGCGCCGUCGCCGCCUUGUGCCGAGUUUUGCCCCGGCUGCGGAGCCUCACGUUGGAUGGGGUUCAGUGCGAGGAUGAUGAAACCGUGGGCGAAAUUCGGGCGGGUGUGCCGUGCUGCAGCUUCACACCCCCUCCCUGACCCCAGGUUUAA